AUGAGGCGCGGCGGCGGGGGCGGUGCCGUUCUCGCGCGCUCCGCGAGUUCUCGCGAGAGUUGCGGCGGCGGCGGGAUGGGAGCGCCGAGAUGCCCCGGCACUGCUCCGCCGCCGGCUGCUGCACCCGCGACACCCGCGACACGCGAGACAGAGGGAUCUCCUUCCACCGGCUGCCGGGGCGGGAGGACCCCCGCCGGGCGCAGUGGUUGGAGAACAGCCGCCGGCGGGACCCGGCGGGGGGGGGGCGCUGGGACCCCUCCUCCAAAUACAUUUACUUCUGCUCCCAGCACUUCGAGGGCUCCUGCUUCGAGCUGCUGGGCUGCAGUGGGUACCACCGGCUGAAGGAGGGCGCUGUCCCCACCGUCUUCGCCCCCGACCCCCCCCGGACCCCCCGGCCCAGGAACCCCCCGGCCCGGGACCCCCCAAAAACACAGAGGGGCACCCGCAGGUGGAGACGGGACCCCCGCCCGCCCCCGCUGCCCUCGGACGUCUCGUGCUUCCCGCGGGACUCGCGGGACCCCGGCCCGCCCCCGGCCGGCGACCACGGCGGCGUCCCGGCCCUGCCCGGCCCCUCGGGCUCCAUCCCCGAGCCCCUCCUGGUGGCCACGGGCGAGGAGGUGACCGCCGGCGCCCCGGCCCUGCCCGAGGGACCCCCGGGACCCCCGGGACCCCCGGGACCGCCGUCACCGUCGCUGUUCAUGCUGCGGCUGCCGCCGCGGGCGGGCUCCUACAUCCAGAGCGAGCACAGCUACCAGGUGGGCAGCGCGCUGCUCUGGAAGCGCCGCGCCGAGGCCGCGCUGGACGCGCUGGACAAGGCCCAGCGGCAGCUCCAGGCCGUCAAACGCCGCGAGCAGCGCCUGCGGCUGCGCCUGGCCGAGCUGCAGAGGGAGCGCAGAGCCGCCCUGGAGCCGCGGAGGAGCUCCAAGGAGCGCCCGGCGGAGCUCCACAAGGAGAGGAGAGCGGGCGUCGAACAGCGGAGGAGCUCCAAGGAGCGCCCGCAGCCGUGCGCGGAGGCUGGAGGGCAGUGAGGAGCUGGAGGAGCUCCCAGGCGGCGCGGAGGUUUGUAAAUAAAGGAGUUCGCCCUGUG